CCUCACUCCCGCGUCCCGCGUCCCAGCGAGUCUUCCAGCUAGACCCCAGCAGCCUCAGCACACACCGCACGGGGCGACAGCUUCCGGGGGCGGGGCCCGGUCUCGCUCGGCGUCCACCGCGCCUGCUCCCCGGACGAAACCCGCGGACAGGGCUUUAGGUUCGCCGGAAUCCCACGCUCCUGACUUCUGCUUCCGGGUCGGAGCCAUGGCGGUGGCAAAUUCAAGUCCUGUUAACCCCGUGGUGUUCUUUGAUGUCAGCAUUGGCGGUCAGGAAGUUGGCCGCAUGAAGAUCGAGCUCUUUGCAGACGUUGUGCCUAAGACGGCCGAGAACUUUAGGCAGUUCUGCACCGGAGAAUUCAGAAAAGAUGGGGUUCCAAUAGGAUACAAAGGAAGCACCUUCCACAGGGUCAUAAAGGAUUUCAUGAUUCAGGGUGGAGAUUUUGUUAAUGGAGAUGGUACUGGAGUCGCCAGUAUUUACCGGGGGCCAUUUGCAGAUGAAAAUUUUAAACUUAGACACUCAGCUCCAGGCCUGCUUUCCAUGGCAAACAGUGGUCCGAGUACAAAUGGCUGUCAGUUCUUUAUCACCUGCUCUAAGUGCGAUUGGCUGGAUGGGAAGCAUGUAGUGUUUGGAAAAAUCAUCGAUGGACUUCUAGUGAUGAGAAAGAUUGAGAAUGUUCCCACAGGCCCCAACAAUAAGCCCAAGCUGCCUGUGGUGAUCUCACAGUGUGGGGAGAUGUAGUCCAAAGACUGAAUCAGGAGCUCAUGGGAAGUAAGACAUUCUCAGAGGUCAUCACUAGCAAUAGGAGUGACACUGCCAAAUGUGAGAAGAGUACAAGGGGGAAAUCCAUCACUUCCAGCCAGGUGAGGGGUAAUGAUGUUUUUCUUUUUUUUAAUUUCAAACCUGCAAAAAAGUUAGAAGAAUACCUUGAACACCUAUAUAUCUUCACUUAGAUUCACCAGUGAUUACCAUUCUUUUUUAUUGCUUUGCCUUGACAUUUGUUUUUUUCUUUCCCUUCUUGCCUCCUCAUCCAUUUCCAUUGCCUUUCCUCCUCCCUCCUGCUCCUCUUCCCUCCAUCCUUCCUAUUUUUCAUCCUUCCUUCCCAUCUUCCUUCCUUUACCCUUUCUUCUUUUCUUUCCCAUUUGAAAGUUGCAGACUUCUUGACACUUUACCCCUAAGUAUUUCGGCGAGGAACUCCUAAAAAUAAGAAUAUCCUAUGUAACCACAAUAUUAUCUAACAUAUAGUACAUUUUCAAACCUCCCCAGUUGUCCCAAAAGUAACUUUUGUAGCUUAAGAAAAGGUGAUCCAAUCAAGCUUCCCAUAUUUCAUUUCAUUUGGUUUACACAAGUAACAUAAUACACUCUCAUUGUAAAAACUUUCACACCAAACAGAUAAAGUGAAAGCCCCUCUUGACAACACCCACCCCCAAUUCCACUCCCCUUUCCAGAGGUCACUUCCUUAUCGGUUUGAUGUGUGUCCAUCAGGGCCUUUGCCUUGCCCAUCUAAUUUUGGGAGGUUUUCUUUUUCCCAAAUGAAAUCAUACUGUAUUUUUCAUGUUCUAGAAAAUUAUGUCUUGAAAACUUUUCCUUCUUAGUUCAUGUAAAACCACCUUGUAUUAAAAAAUGAAAACAGCCCAGCGCGGUGGCUCACUCCUGUAAUCCCAGCACUUUGGGAGGCCAAGGAGGGCAGAUAGCUUGAGCUCAAGAGUUCGAGACCAGCCUGGGCAACUUGGUGAGAUCCUGUCUUUCCAAAGAAAAAAAAUUAGCCAGGUGUGGUGGUGCAAGCCUGUAGUCCUAGCUACUCAGGAGGCUGAGGUGGGAGGAUUACUUGAGCCCAGGAGUUUGAGGCUGCAGUGAGCUAUGAUGGCGCCACUAUACUCCAGCCUGGGUGACUGAGUGAGACCCCAUCUCAAAAAAAAAGAAAAUAAAAACCAAAACUGCAGUGCAGCCUGAGCAUCCCUAAUCCGAAAUCCCAAAUGCUCCAAAAUAUGAAACUUUUUGAGCACUAACAUGACAUUAGAAGUGGAAAAUUCCACACCUGACCUCAUGUGAUGGAUCAUAGUCAAAAAUUUGUUUCAUGCACAAAAGUAUUUAAAAUAUUAUAUAAGAUUACCAUAUACAAUAGCUAUAAGUAGCUAGGACUACAGGUGCGUGCCACCACGCCCGGCUAAUUUUUAUAUUUCUUGGUAGAGAUGGGGUUUCACCAUGUUGGCCAGGCUGGUCCAGAACUCCUGACCUCAAGUGGUCUGCCCACCUUGGCCUUGUAAGGUGCUAGGAUUACAGGCAUGAGCCACUGCCCCCAGCUGAGCAUUAGUUCUUAAUUUUAUAUGUUGUAAUUGUUUUCUUCAGAAUUUAUUUUAAGAAAAAAAUUAGUAUUAUGUUCCUUAAGUUUGGUGAUAUUCUUUGUUAAAGAGAAAUUCUAAAUUUUGAUGAAGUCCAAAUUAUCAGUCUUUCACUGCUUUUUGGUUUUGUCUGAUUUAAGAAGGUCUUUACUACGUCAGAUCACAAUGUUUUCUGUGUUUUUUCUAGUAUUUAUUUUUAUAUGGUGGAACUAAGAUCGUUUUUCUAGUAUUUUUAUAGUCUUAUUUGUAUAUUUAUAAAAUCAUCUUAUAAUUAAUUUUUCUGUAUAAUGUUAAGAUAGGACUUUUUCUUCUUUUUUUUUUCUAAAUGGAGAUCCAGUCACAUACUUGACCAUUUUAGUGACUCUACAACACACUUUAUCUGUGACCAACUCUGUUCAGAAUAUCUGGCACUUACAGGCAUUCAGUAAAAAUUUAUUACAUGAGUUCAGUAGAGAGGGAGAAUGUCAGGCAUUUUAGGCAGGGAACUGGUGUGAGCAAAUGCUGAGGCUGGAAUGCACAAGUGUGUGCUGAGAGCUGCAUGUGGACCUCUCUUGUUCAGCCAGAUGACCCCUUCUCAGGCUCACUUGACACCCUGAGCUUUCCUUUCUGCCAAUACUGGGUGCCCCUUGGGCCCAGCCUGCUCUCCCUCUUCAAUGGCUGCUGGCCAUUCCCUCCCUCUCCUGCUCAUUUCUUUGCUAUAACUAAAGUUGAGUUCAUAGGUCCUUUCUUUCCAAAGACUGACCACUGAUCACUACCAGAGGACAGACGAUAACAAAAAGAAUAAAGUUUAGAAAUUCUUUAUGUUGGGGCCUCUUUUCUGUAUCUUUCUGAGUCUUUUACAUAAAGUUACUGGAAGUC